AUUCAGCAGUCGAUUGCGCAACGGGGGCCAUCAAGGGGCGAAAUAAGGCGAUCUGCUGCCGGCACACAUCGUCACAACCCAGUUAGCAGCCCACCCAUCUGCUGGUGACAUCUUCAAGUUGUGUCCACUUUCUCGUAGCUCCAGGGUUAAGACAAGAGGGGCGCCAGGUGUCACCCUCGCAGCUGCUUUGUUUUUCAUCCAAUGCAAAAAGUCGUCAGGUAGGAAACAUACAAAUAUCUCAGUGACAUCAUCUUUUUUUUUCCGUAAAAAAUGUAAAGUUAGUCUUUUACAGAUAUUGUACCUCGGAUAUUUAAGGGUCCAAAAGUUUUCAUGUGGAAAAAAAAUACAAUUUUAAUUUAGAAUGAAAGGGAAACAAAACUGAAAGUUGGCGGUGGGGGGGGGGAGGGGAGGGGGGAACCCUUUCAAAGUCACGUGACGGUUUUAAAUGUCGUUAGUGCUUGCUUCGAGUGUUGGUUUGGCGAAGAGAACGUGGCUUUUACGCCACGCCAGAGUCAUAACCACUAGGGUGGGGAGGGGGGGGGGCACCCCAUUUGUUAUUAACACAUUAUGUAAUGUAACGUGCCCUUACUGUCACAUUAUGUAUCCCCCCCCCCCCCCCCAUUUCACCCCGUUGAGACGGUCAUUUAUGUAAUUAUCAUAUUUAUCUUAUCACGAUUGAUCCGUGACCAAUCAAAAUUGAUCUCCUCGAAACGUCCUUUCGGCUAGAGCAGCGGUCCUCAACCUGUUCGUCGCGACCCUUAUGGGGGUCGCAUAACCGUUUCCCAGGGGUCGCCUAAGACCACCUGAAAACAAAUUUACUAACAGCUACGAUAUAGCAACGAAAAUGAUUGUGUGGCUGGGGGCCGCCACGACAUGAGAAACUGUCUUAAUGGGUCGCGGCAUCAGGAAGGUUGAGAACCACUGGGCUAGAGCUUCCUGGUCGUCUUUGUCGUCUUGUUCUUUUUGGACAGAGAUUGCGACACACGCCCGAGUGUUUGUUGACUCUUUGCUGACAUAAGCAAGGCGAUCGAUCUAAUCACCCGAUCGUCCAUACAGGAAGCCCAGUUCAAAGAACUCCAGGCCAUUUAUAACAGUGACUUGGAUAAUUGGUGACUGGAAUUUAACUUUACAUAUUAUAUGACAGGUGUUAAAUACUACGCUAUGACGUCAUUGGUAUUAAAAUAAGUUGAAUCCAAAAUUUAAUCUGAGCUGUUAAGUUGUUGUGUUUGUUGUUGUUGUUUUUUGUUGUUGUUGUUGUUGUUUUUUUGUGGGGGUGGGGUGGAAAGCAGACCAUACAAAUGUUUAGACAAGUCAUGGACCACAUCAAUCGGCGGCUACCCCUUAGGGCCACAUGACCACAAACAUAAACAUAAACAUAACCACAAGCAAAACCACAAGCAUUCAACUUUAAGUAUUUGAUAACAAUAGUCGUGAGGAUCACGCACACAAUCCUCAUCCUCUGUUCGUACAAUCUUACUAGGAUUGUAUAACAAUCAAACUCACCAAACACAAACAUUCAGCUGUAAUGUAGUCACGUGACCGCCAUAACGGACCAAUCGACAUCCUCAGAUCCUACAAUGGUGAUCACGACUUUGACAUCGGGGACUCGGGGGCCUCCUUGCACCACCCUGUCCAGUGCACAGCAGUACGUAAGGGCGACUACGUCAACAUAAGGAACAGGCCAUGCAAGGUGGUGGACGUCCAUUCGUCGAAAGUGGGAAAACAUGGCCACUCAAAGGUACGGCUAGUUGUACGAGGUGGGAAAACAUGGCCACUCAAAGGUAGGGUUAGUUACACACGGUGGGAAAACAUGGUCACUCAAAGGUAGGGCUAGUUACACAUGGUGGGAAAACAUGGCUACUCUAAGGUAGGGCUAGUUACACAUGGUGGGAAAACAUGGCCACGCAAAGGUAGGGUUAGUCACACACGGUGGGAAAACAUGGCCACUCAAAGGUAGGGUGAGUUACACACGGUGGGAAAACAUGGCCACUCAAAGGUAGGGCUAGUUACACAUGGUCGGGAAACAUGGUUACUCUAAGGUAGGGCUAAUUGUACACGGUGGGAAAACAUCGUCAUUCAAAGGUAGGGCUACUUUACACAUGGUGGGAAAACAUGGCCACUCAAAGGUAGGGCUAGUUACACAUGGUGGGAAAACAUGGCCACUCAAAGGUAGGACUAGUUACACAUGGUGGGAAAACAUGGUUACUCUAAGGUAGGGCUAAUUGUACACGGUGGGAAAACAUCGUCACUCCAAGGUAGGGCUAGUUACACAUGGUGGGAAAACAAGGCCACUCAAAAGUUGAGUUAGUUACACACGAUGGGAAAACAUGACCAUUUCAAGGUAGGGCUUGUUACAUACGGUGGGAAAACAUGGUUACUCAUACAAGUAAAGUAUAAAUUAACCUUUAAUUUAAAGGACAAAAUACAAGUAAAAAAGUGUUUAGGCCGAAACUUGUUUGUGCUUUUCUUUCAUACUAUCAGCUCCAUUGUGGUUCAAACAUUGAGUUGGCUGCUUCCAGCCUCACUUGAGCAUGUUUCAAAUAAGUCUCAUUAAAUUAACUUGUGUGUUUAUUAGCAGUCUAUUUGUGUUCAAUCUCAUAUUCGUAUGUCCCUCAUCUCAUUUUCGUAUGAUCAUUAUCUCAUAUCCGCAUGUCCAUGAACAGGUGAACAUAACCGGACUGGACAUAUUCACGGACAAGAGAUGUCAGACCGUCCACCCAUCGUCUCACAAUGUGGACAUCCCGGUGGUCACCAAAACGGACUACAUAGUGCGUACAUACCCCAUGGAUAUACAAACUACCGUUUUAGAAGUUACCUUACCAUUCAUUGCAAUUGUUACCCCCCCUUACCCCCCCCACCCCAUUUUUCGUUCUUGCUCGCUCUCAUUAGUAAAUCAAAUAUGAUAUAUGCCCUUUAUGACUAUAUGUGAUACAAAAUGCUUAUAUAUAUAUAUAUAUAUUGAUAGAUAGAUAAAUAGAUGGAUGAAUGGAUGGAUAGAUCGAUAGAUAGAUGAUCGAUAGUUGGAUGGAUAGAUAGAUAAUGUGUUUUCUAUCACAUGUAUGAUAAUGCAUGUCUUUAAGGCGCCCUAUGGCUUGUGCUUGGGACGUCUACCCCUUCGCUCAGCCCUGUCUCUGGGUGUGGUCUGUCUCUAAAAAAUUCAUCUCUGUCUUUAGGAGGAAAGCUGAAUCCGCUGAUGACGUAUCAUAUAUUAUGUCUCCCUCAGUUGGGGGCUCAUGACGUAUCAUAUAUUAUGUCUCCCUCAGUUGGUGGCUCAUGACGUAUCAUAUAUUAUGUCUCCCUCAGUUGGGGGCUCAUGACGUAUCAUAUAUUAUGUCUCCCUCAGUUGGGGGCUCAUGACGUAUCAUAUAUUAUGUCUCCCUCAGUUGGGGGCUCAUGACGUAUCAUAUAUUAUGUCUCCCUCAGUUGGGGGCUCAUACUCAUGACGUAUCAUCUAUUAUGUCUCCCUCAGUUGGGGGCUUAUGACGUAUCAUAUAUUAUGUCUCCCUCAGUUCGGGGCUCAUGACGUAUCAUAUAUUAUGUCUCCCUCAGUUGGGGGCUCAUGACGUAUCAUAUAUUAUGUCUCCCUCAGUUGGGGGCUGAUGACGUAUCAUAUAUUAUGUCUCUCUCAGUUGGUGGACAUUGGUCCAUUCUCCAUAUCCGUCCUGGACGACAAGGGCAGACUACGCAGUGACCUAAGAGCACCUGAUGAGCCCAUGAUCCACACGAUCCAAGAGCUGAUGGCCACCCGAAGUGAUCACACAAUUGUGGUGAGGAUCAUAGGAUUCCAUUUGCAGGAGUGAAUUUAUCUGUUUUUUUUUCACUGUGAAAGCCUUUUACCAGACAUAAUCAUCACACAUAAUCAUCACACAUAAUCAUCACACAUAAUCAUCACACAUAAUCAUCACACAUAUUCAUCACACAUAUUCAUCACACAUAUUAAUCACACAUAAUCAUCACCAUAAUCAUCACACAUAAUCAUCACACAUAAUCAUCACACAUAUUCAUCACACAUAUUAAUCACACAUAAUCAUCACCAUAAUCAUCACACAUAAUCAUCACACAUAUUCAUCACACAUAAUCAUCACACAUAAUCAUCACACAUAAUCAUCACACAUAAUCAUCACACAUAAUCAUCACACAUAAUCAUCACACAUAUUCAUCACACAUAUUCAUCACACAUAAUCAUCACCAUAAUCAUCACACAUAAUCAUCACACAUAUUCAUCACACAUAAUCAUCACACAUAUUCAUCACACAUAAUCAUCACACAUAUUAAUCACACAUAUUCAUCAGACAUAAUCAUCAAACAUAUUCAUCACACAUAAUCAUCACACAUAACCAUCACACAUAAUCAUCGCCCAUAAUCAUCACACACAUUCAUCACACAUAUUCAUCACACAUAGUCAUCACACAUAUUCAUCACACAUAUUCAUCACACAUAUUUAUCACACAUAUUCAUCACACAUAAUCAUCAGACAUGUUCAUUAGACAUAUUCACCAAACAUGUUCAUCAGACCAGAUUCAAUAAUGAACUUAUAACAUGCUAAACAUUGAGAUAGCCUGAAUACUAUUUUUUUAAAGUUGACCAUUUGUGAUAACAUGAUACUGGUAUGUCUUCUGAAUAUUUGGGGAUUCAGUUUAAACAGUAAUGAGUCAAUGAGCGUAGGUUUUAUUAUGUGUCUAUGAGCGUAGGUUUUAUUAUGUGUCUAUGAGCGUAGGUUUUAUUAUGUGUCUAUGAGCGUAGGUUUUAUUAUGUGUCUAUGAGCGUAGGUUUUAUUAUGUGUCUAUGAGCGUAGGUUUUAUUAUGUGUCUGUGAGCGUAGGUUUUAUUAUGUGUCUAUGAGCGUAGGUUUUAUUAUGUGUCUAUGAGCGUAGGUUUUAUUAUGUGUCUAUGAGCGUAGGUUUUAUUAUGUGUCUAUGAGCGUAGGUUUUAUUAUGUGUCUAUGAGCGUAGGUUUUAUUAUGUGUCUAUGAGCGUAGGUUUUAUUAUGUGUCUAUGAGCGUAGGUUUCAUUAUGUGUCUAUGAGCGUAGGUUUUAUUAUGUGUCUAUGAGCGUAGGUUUUAUUAUGUGUCUAUGAGCGUAGGUUUUAUUAUGUGUCUAUGAGCGUAGGUUUUAUUAUGUGUCUAUGAGCGUAGGUUUUAUUAUGUGUCUAUGAGCGUAGGUUUUAUUAUGUGUCUAUGAGCGUAGGUUUUAUUAUGUGUCUAUGAGCGUAGGUUUUAUUAUGUGUCUAUGAGCGUAGGUUUUAUUAUGUGUCUAUGAGCGUAGGUUUUAUUAUGUGUCUAUGAGCUUAGGUUUUAUUUCACUAUGACUCAAGGACAGCGGUAACACAUCGGAACGAAGAUCCUGUUCUGAAAUUUCUUUUAUUAAUAUUUUUUUGGCCAACACUUUAAUUUAAAUUUAUUUGUGGUGGCAGGGGAGAUGAAGAAGGCUGACCACAGCGAUCAGAAAUGAUCUCCCGAUGAAACUGCUUGAGGUGAAAUGGUGCCAAGACCCAGAUACCCUCACCAUCCGGGUUUAAGAAAAAUAUAACCGAUCUUUUGUGAUCACAAAUAUUUAUAUUAAACCCAAAAACAAUCUUAGCCAACAGAUAGGCGAUAUUAUUUAUUCCCAAAGGACAAUCAUGGCGGGUGGAUAGACCCAGAGCACAACGGCAAGGCUACCUGUAAACACGGUCAACUGAUCGACACAUGGCCAUUGUAAGGCUACCAGUAAACAUGGUCAACUGAUCGAGACAUGGCCAUUGUAAGGCUACCAGUAAACACGGUCAACUGAUCGAGACAUGGCCAUUGUAAGGCUACCAGUAAACAUGGUCAACUGAUCGAGACAUGGCCAUUGUAAGGCUACCACUAAACAUGGUCAACUGAACGAGACAUGGCCAUUGUAAGGCUACCACUAAACAUGGUCAACUGAUCGAGACAUUGCCAUUGUAAGGCUACCACUAAACACGGUCAACUGAUCGAGACAUUGCCAUUGUAAGGCUACCACUAAACACGGUCAACUGAACGAGACAUUGCCAUCGUUGGUCACGAAGAACUCUAAAUAUAUUUCGGUUUAAUUAGCUGCUAGAUCACUUUCUGAAAAUAAGUAUUUGUUGACAUUAUGUGGUCCGUCUAAGAGGGUACAUCCAUGUCAUUUAGCAUUGUGCUUUUCUGUUGUUUUGUUGUUUGGUCUUGACGACAAUGACGUCAGUAUCUACAUUUGACUUCCACUAACAGUCUGCAGCGCCUUGCCCGCCCCUCUUACCCUUCAAUAAAUGUAUCCAGACCCUCUUAGCUAAGAAACACUCAUCUCAAAAAAAAAUAUCCCUCCCCAUCUCCACAGAUAACUGUCCUCAGUGCUAUGGGCGAGGAACAGGUCAUUGGAGUGAGAUCUGCCAAAGAUUAAACUUCAUGCCACCAGCCAUCAGCAUCAACAUAAACACCAAUCACUGUUGUGUUUGGUGUGCACAGCUGAAUGACAUUCAAGCUUUACAACUUGACCAAACUAUCAUGACGCCAACAAUUCAUUUAUAACAGAAGUAAUGAAUUAUUGGAUCUAUAUAAAUUAUUUUUAAAUCUUUCCAUAUUUUUUUUCUUCAGUUAAUUGCUAAAAUGUGUUUUUAGGCGCUAAAGGGAGAUAAUGGGGCUGCAGCUUGAUAUAAUUAAGGGGGAUGUAUAAAAUUUCCCUUUCGUUAAUUUGUAUAAAUAAAAAUGUGUCCAAAAAUAAUCCUCAAAUAAAUUUAUUCUGUAAACAUAUAUUAAGUAAACAAAUUCUACAAUAAAUCUGUGAAUGUUGUUUGAAGUUUAACAAAAAUAAUUUUUGGAACAUUUUUAUUAAAAAUGAGGACGUCAGAAAUAAAGUAAAAUUAAAUCAAAACCAAGUUAUUUAAAAACAAGAAUCCAGUCAUGCAAUAUUAUAAUAACUUAGCUAAAAAAAAUACUUUUGAACACCGUAGUGCAUUCUCUUAAAUGAUUGCCCCCCCCCUCCCGUAGUGCAUUCUUAGAUGACUCCCCCACCGUGUCAAUUCUUAGCACAUUUUUUUUAGCCUUUGUAACAACUCUCAG